CGGAGAGAACCGCUGCUCUUUGCGAGCCUUCGAUACAUUGAGCCUGAUAAACCUACGGAUUUUCAGUGUCAGCUUGACAUCUACCGUUGAAUAGUUGGCACACUAUCUUUGUCACUUAACGUAACUGCGUUUACCUGCGAAGUAGACUUCGUGUUGCCAAGUCGCACCAAGUUAACGGGAUCCCUUAUGUUGACAUCAGUCGGUGGGUGCUUACGGGACAAGCUGCGUCCCGCGCUAUCGCCGUUGUUGUAAGGUUACCACAAAGGAAGACAGGGAAAAAAAAAGAAAAGGGAGCCCGGAAACACUGUUUAAUACUCACGAUGCGGUGGAUAAAGUUUGACACGUCCGCUGAUGGGAUAUUCAGCCGCGAACUGUGUCCCGAAGACAGCGAGUAUUUACAUUCGCACAUCGACACUUUCAAAUGCAUGUGGCACGAACAGACUCGAAACUAUUGGGUACGGAUGAUUAUAAGUCUAAGAGAAUACGUGAAAAAACACAUCUUCACAUAUGAAUCCCUGGAAAGACUCGGUGCACCUCUAGAAAUCUUCGAGAUGUUAAUAGAAUAUACUUACAUAAACAUCUGCUCCAAUUUUACGCAAGAUACUUUUGGAAGAGCCAAGGAAUUCCUAGUGGCCAUUAUACACGUUGCGGCUAACAAGGAUAUGAGGUGCAACAUAGGAUCGCGACCACUGUCAAAUGACCCGUUCUACAACAAAUUUACGAGAGAUCAUUAUAGAACAGUAUUUGGCCAACCUACUAACCCAGUCAGGAUGCAGUUACAGGUGUACGCAUCCGCCCCGCUGUACAGCCGUUUCGCUGCGGGCGCCAUCGCCGUGCUGAAGCAGUGGAUACAGGCCAGUGACUGCUCCCUGAAGGACUACUAUCUAAAGUUUCACUCCAACCCUUACUGGUCCUACCCCGACGACUUCUGCCCUCGGAAAACAUUCUUCAAGUAUGUCGAGCAAAACUGCUACGGGUGGGAGAGCCCCGACCCCGAAGAAGUGAGGGAGGUCAUGAUUAAGGCACCCGACCGUGCGGCAGAGUUUGUGGACGUCGUCCCAUUGCUUCCCAGCGACCUCAUGAAUUACGAAGAUGAUGAUAUGAGUGACAGCUGUAGUGAGCACAGCUCCUACAGCGAUGGUCAGCACGGCAUCAAGAACUGGAGCGACAUAAUGUUUGCCGUGAGCGAUCACCUCAUGUGCAACUGUCCAUUCCAUGUUGCCCAACUGUGCAGCACCUGCAUGGCUAACGUCACGGAGAACUCGGAUGGUGAACCCGACUUUGACAAAAAAGAUAGCGAGGUUGACGAUGACUCGGACAUCGAUAACGCUGCAGAUGAGGACUACAACUUCUGGCACACGCCUGAGGUCUUAGCCAUACUGCAUGCCGCGGAGAAGAAGUUCAGGGAGAGGAUGCUGGACGAAGUCGUGGAAGCUCACACCGGCGACAGUGCGGCAGACGCUGCCGCUUCCCCACGAAAGAACAAGAAAUCUCGAAAGACCCCUUGCGUCACCCUCUCCAUCAACAUCACGCCAACAGGGAAGCGACCGCAACCCGCCUUCAUGAAGAACGGCGCAGUUCCACCUCCGCCGAAGUCUCGAGCCGAGGUGAUCAACUUCGACGACGAGGACCAAGCCAGCAAGCUCGCCGCAGCCCUGGAACGACUCAUGUUGAAGAUAGAGGGAAGCGGCGGAGCCACACCCGCUCCGCAGCAACCAGAGAAACCUCAAGAGGCGCCAAAGCCUCCUCAAAAGGCAUCAACGUCGCAAGCCAAGUCUCAGACGCAACAGAAGCCAGCACCGCCGAAGAAAGUCCAGGCUGCAGACAAGAAGUCGUUGACCAACGGUGCCACUGCCGCCGUGCCAAAGACAGCGCAGCGGAAGUGUGCCAAGUGCGGCAAGAGCGAAGGCGUAAAGCUCAAAAAGUGCUCACUGUGCGUCCAGCAGAAGAUGGACCCAGUGUAUUACUGCUCCAGAGAGUGCCAAACCGAGGACUGGGAUGAGCAUCAAACCGUUCACAUAGAUGACAUCGACUGAGCUCCACAAGCACCCGAAGAUUUUAAUAAAAUUUCGUUUUGACGUUUCGUUUCACAAUUCUUUUUGUCAUUCUCAAUUCCUUGUUAGUACCUUGGACUGGGUUGAAUGCAUUCUGCGGCUGUCCGAACAUUUAGUCACCACAGUAGUAUCCACACUGCGUCUCUUUUAGAGCACUGUAUGUCUUCGUGGAAUGCAACAAUACAAAUGUUAGCCAAUCUUUAGCGGCGUAGAAAUAGAGUUGGGAAAAAAAGAAUGAAGUGCAGCUUGUGGAAUUCAGAGAUGAGGUGUCACAUGCUCGGCACAGGCAGUGGCCGUCUCUUUUUAUUUUGUUCACCGCUUUGUUUUGCUGUGUAUGUAAGCGUGACUGGGGAUUCGGGAUUACUCACUCUCCCAACUUUUCUUGUCCUGGCUUAUAAGUGUGGGUGCAGUUACUUGCGAGCUAUGUAUUACUUCCUAGAUGGGGAGAUUAAAU